GCUCUCUCUCUCGAACGACGAGAUCGUUUCUCACUGAACGCAAUAAAGAGGGGAGUCUACGAGCACGAUACAACGUUGGUGGUGCAGUAACCUCUCGUUGUACGCUAUAUCACCUCGGUAUCUACGCUCGAGAAGACGACGAACUAAGCCGAAAGCAGACGGCAGGAUCACACGAUUGGAUUUAAACACGCUUCGGCACGAUCGUUAUUGGAGUUUCGUUUUUCGUGAAGUGCCUCGAAGUUUUUUUCUUCUUUCUUUGAUUCGAUUUUUUCAUUAAUUUCGCGAACGGAUCGAAAUAAUUGUUGCCAUUUAAAAGCGAUUCGAAAAAAGGAGUAGUGAGGCUAGAUGAGAGAAAUUGUUGAGUAACUGGUUGGUCUUCGGCGACACGGUCUCUUCACUUGCACCCCUGGGACCUUCAGGGCACGCUGCUCACGCUCCACCGGCACGGAUUUGCGUGCAGUUCUCAACCCCCUGACCCAAUUAGCUCGUCCGUGUCGAGAGUAUCCGUGACGUAUGUUGGCUGCUCGUUCUUGGAAGAGAAUUGCUUCUGUCAUCGGGAUCGUUUGUCUAGUGAUGUGCCAUUGAGGAAACGCUCUACUUCUGGCUUAUACUUCUUAUUACAAAAAAGGAAUAACACGAUACGAUCUAAAGUUUCGGAAUUGGUGAAGAAAAAAGUGUUCAAGUGUUAAAUUAUCGAGUUUUUCCAGUGCUUCGAAAGUGUUCGCAGUGAAAAAGGGAUACGCGUCGAAUCCUGAAUCGUCCAAUUCUGAAACAUCGAUCAAUCCUUCGCAAAAGUGAUCAACAAAAAUACCUCAAGGAACUUUCACCAUCCAUCGACAGCCGUCUGAACAACGUAUACCUGCCUCUUAUUCAAAAGUGUCCUUUGCAACGAAGAAAUAAUCGUCCGCUGUUCAACGGCGGACUAGUGACUGGGACCAUCCACUUAAUCCCCCUUUCGCGUAGCAUCGCGCGGGAGUUGAACUUUCUCGCUGGCGUUGACAGAUCGAUAACAAAGUUUGCGUACACGUUAGCCGGGUCCAUAGCCGACGGCUAAUCACGGGAACGAAUUCAACCAUUGUGGAAUGCGUCUGUUUUAACGAACCACCCUCAAAACAACGAUCGAAUCGGCGUGGUAUAAACGGCGGCCAUUCCAGCGGACAGAAGCAGCGUGACAUGCUGACAUCCUGAAGGGUAAAAGAAUACGCUGCCUCGCUCGUGGAAGGACCUGUAUGCGGACCGCGGUGCGUCCGCCGGAAAUCUGACGGGCCGUCGUUACUCUAACCGCCGAGGCAGCUUGUCGUUGUCCCUCUCGAGCAAGAAACGCCAGUAUCUGGUGAAGUACAAGCGGAAACAGGAGGACAGGCGCGUAUCAGAGGGCAAGGAGGAGCAACGGGGCUCCCCGUGGCCCGUACUCAUCGACAAUCGUCGCAACAAGGGUGCAACGGUGAAGGGUAACGGUGGAUUCGGCGACUAUUCCGCGGCGGGGGAGUUCGAGGUCUGGGGAGACGAGCAGCACACCGCGGAUGGUGUAGAGAGGCAGGUGGCGAGGCCGCCUUCGCGGCAGCAACGAUGCGAAGGCGGUUCGUCGCUGAGGCCGUUGCUUCACGUCGCUCAUUGUGAGCUCCACUCACCCCGCGAACCGGAGCUGCUGCGACUCGACCAUCUGGAGGCUCUCGAGCACAAGUCCGACCGUGACUCGUACUCGAUGAUGGAGAACUUUCACAGCCCCGUUCCGCCACCGCUGCCGCGACGUCACGUCCGGCUUCCUCCGCCGCAGCAGCAGGUGACAGUCGGCUCUCUGGGUGGUGGUUUGGGGGCAGCCGCUGGAAAUGGUGGUACAGGGACGGUGGGCGCCCAAGGUCAAGCCAUGGUAAUGCCAGGAUUUCCACUUCGCGCUGCAGCGGUGCCGCAUUAUUCACCGUAUUCGCCGUCACGUUUUCACAUCGACAAACGGUGCCAGCACAGAUGCUCCUGGAAGUGUUUCUCGAUUGCACUGAUCCUCCUCGCUGUUGCGCUCACAGCGAUGCUGGCUUACUUCGCCACAGUGAGCUCGAUGCGGCCGAUAGACAGCACGAAAUGCGUGGUGGUCCAAGACGUGAAGGCUGUCACUCAUGAGAACGCGCACGUUCACGACCCGAUAUCAACGCAAAUACCCACCGAAGAGUCGUUACCGACAAGCACUGCGGAGCACUCGAGUGCGUCGGACAGCGCUGGGGACCAACAGAGCGAUCCUCAGAUUCAGCAAUCAGCCCAGCAAUGGCCGGCGGUGCUCGAGCUCCAGGCGUACAACGUGGCUCACUCGGCCAUGAUCCCGCCUUACCAUUUCUGGAACACUGAGUUCCGGAACAAGCAGCCUGCCUUCAUCCGACUGAAUCUUACUCUGCCCUGGGGCGCGAACUUUGCCGUCUACGGAAGGCGAAAUGUCGCGCCAAGUGUCACGCAGUAUGAUUUUGUGGAAUUUGUGAAAGGUGGUAGAGUGGAUCAUAGAUUGAAAAGAGAUACCAGUUCGGAGGCGGUCAGUUUCAUGAAAACGGCGGCGACAGAGGCUCGAUCUGGUGACAGUCGCUCGUACCAACAUGUGCUGAUCAAGAGAACGAUCGUGGAACCGAUGAUGGUGAACGUUAGCUUGCUUCAGUAUCUGGAUACUGGACGUUGGUUCCUUUCGGUGUAUAACGAUGAGUUGCAGCCAUACAAGGUCACCCUGGUCGUGACCGAAGCCGAGGGUGUAUCGACAACCUGCCCGAACGACUGUUCUGGAAGAGGAUCCUGUUAUCUUGGAAAAUGCGACUGUAUCGAUGGGUAUCAGGGAGCCGAUUGCAGUAAAAGCGUGUGCCCGGUACUGUGCUCGUCUCACGGACAAUAUGGUGGCGGUAUGUGCCAUUGCGAAGACGGCUGGAAAGGUGCCGAAUGUGAUAUACCAUUAGGAGACUGCCAAGUUCCUGAUUGCAAUCAACACGGACAGUGUGUUAGAGGGUCUUGUGUAUGUAAUCCUGGGUGGAAAGGCGGUUUCUGCGACGAACCUGAUUGUCCUGAUCCGAACUGCAGUGGCCACGGCGCAUGCGUUGCCGGUAAAUGCUAUUGCAAAGCAGGCUGGCAGGGUGAAAGGUGCAACCAGGUCGAUCAGCAGGUGUACCAAUGCCUACCCCGUUGCUCUGACCACGGCACGUACGAUCUCGAAUCCGGAAGCUGCGUCUGCGAGGGACACUGGACCGGUGUCGAUUGUUCACAACCAAGCUGUGGCCUCGAUUGCGGGCCGCAUGGAACCUGCGAACAGGGUCUUUGCAAGUGCAACGAUGAUUGGACUGGCACGAAAUGUGAUCAGAAACCGUGCGAUCCACGAUGCGCGGAACACGGCCAGUGCAAGAAUGGAACUUGCGUGUGCAGUCAAGGAUGGAACGGACGACAUUGCACGCUGCCUGGAUGCGAGAAUGGAUGCAGCCGGCACGGACUGUGCACUCUGCAAGAUGGCGAAUACAGUUGCGAGUGUUCAACCGGUUGGGCAGGCAGGGAUUGUAGCAUACGACUGGAAAUGGAAUGUAAUGACUUUAUUGAUAAUGAUCAGGAUGGCAUGAUGGACUGUUCUGACAGCGAGUGUUGCUCGCACGCAGCUUGCGCAGAGCAUAUCAUGUGCCUUACUAGUAAUAAUCCCGUGGACGUCCUUCUGCGUAAACAACCGCCCAGCGUGACCGCGUCAUUUUACCAGCGUGUGAAAUUCCUCGUUGAGGAGAACAGCGUACAAAGCUACGCUCAUAUGAACGAGUACACCGAAAGUCGAGUUGCGGUGAUGCGAGGCCAAGUUGUAACCGAACAAGGAAUUGGAAUAGUAGGCAUCAGGGUAUCCGUGGACAGAGACCCCCGCUUUGGAUUCACAUUAACUAGAGCUGAUGGAUGGUUCGAUGUGUUAGUGAACGGUGGUGGUGCGGUAACGCUUCAAUUUCAACGUAGCCCCUUUAAACCCCUCACGAGGACGGUGUUCGUGCCAUGGAAUCAAAUAGUGGUCCUGCCACCUGUAGUGAUGACUCUCAACGAGGAAGACGAAUCUCCUAAAUCCAACCAACCACCCAGUCCAGCUGUUGGCUUCCCAGGGAUAUCGAUGGGACUCUUUAGCGAGCACGGUCCAUGCUUGGAGCAUGAUCACGAAUUAUUGAGGCCAAUCAUCGUCAGUACUUGGAUGCCAGAGAAGGUGGGAGGUCUUCCGGGCAAAAGUUUGGUAUUCGCUGAAAGUCAGAUCGUCCAAGAAAGCAUUGCCAUUCCAGGCUCGAAUUUGCAUUUGAUGUAUCAAAGCAGCCAGGCGGCCGGCUAUUUAUCGACUGUUAGAAUGCAAUUGACUGGACCGUUCAUCCCAAAGUCACUGACACACGUGCACGUGCACGUUGAAAUUGAGGGGUCAUUGCACGCGAAGACCUAUGAAGCAGACCCAAAUUUGACGCACACGUUUGCUUGGAACAAGAGGAACGUUUACAAACAGAAGGUGUACGGUGUGGCACAGGCAAGGAUCUCAAUAGGCUAUCAACACUCCACUUGUCCAGCGGUGAUUUGGGAAACGCAGACAGCCAUGUUGCAAGGUUUCGACGUCGAUAUUUCGGAUAUUGGAGGCUGGGGAUUGGACAUUCACCAUCACUACAACUUUCACGAAGGAAUACUUCAGAAAGGAGAUGGUACCACUUUGCAUUUCAAACAGUAUCCUCGCACGGUAAAAGUGGUGAUGGGCACUGGACUGCAAAGAAGCUUGGUGUGUCAAGAUUGCGAUGGUUUGGCUAAAGAUGUUAGGUUAUUAACACCAGUGGCGCUCACUAGUGGCCCAGAUGGAAGCAUCUAUGUUGGCGAUUUCAAUCUGGUACGCAGGAUUACACCUGAAGGGGAAGUAUACACUGUUUUGACACUAAGUGCAACUCAAGUGGCUUAUGCUUAUUAUCUCUGCGUUUCCCCUGCGGAUGGCCAUUUAUACAUCAGUGAUCCUGAAAAACAUCAAAUAUUGAGAGCUUUAUCUCUAAAAGAUGUGGAACAUCCCAGUAUCAACAUCGAGCCUAUAGUUGGAAGUGGAGAAAGAUGUAUUCCUGGUGACGAAAGUCAUUGUGGCGAUGAAGGACCAGCUAUUCGCGCCAAAUUGGCUCAUCCGAAAGGAAUCGCCAUUGCCGCCGAUAAGACUAUGUACAUCGCCGAUGGAAGAAAUAUACGCGCCGUAGAUCCUCAUGGAAUUAUUCACACAUUAGUUGGACACCACGGACACCACAAUCACUGGUCCCCAGCUCCAUGCGUUGGUGCUAUACCUGCUCAUCAAGCCCAAUUACAAUGGCCAACUGGAUUGACCUUAAGCCCUCUGGAUGGAUCUCUUCAUUUCAUCGAUGACAGGCUGGUUUUGAAACUUACAAGCGACUUAAAAGUUCGCGUAGUAGCUGGAACGCCGCUCCAUUGCACUAGUAACACCAAUAGCAAUGGAAACAGCAACGACAGUGAUCUAAAAAAAGUAAAUUCGACGACAACCACGAGUCCAAAGAAGUCUGAUGAAGUACUUGGUUCUGUACUUGCCGUUAGUUUCAGUCCAACUGGUGAACUCUACAUAGCAGAAAGCGAUUCACACAGAGUGAAUUCUAUCAAAAUUGUAGAUAGUUCUGGGAAAAUGUCUCAUUUUGCUGGACAGCAACAAGAAAGAUUGCGUGGUCAGUGUGAAUGUAAUAAUACUACUCCAAGCAGUAAAGAUCUGGAAAGUUGCGCAUGCACCGAUGACACCAGUAGUACAGAAACUUUGUUGUCAUCGAAUGCUAAAUUCACAGCCAUUUCUGCUCUGGCUGUGUCACCAGAUGGCGUCCUUCACGUGGCUGAUCAAGGUAGCCUGCACAUUUUAGCUCUGCAACCCUAUCUUCCAAAUCAUGACGAAAGUGGGGAAUUUCAUAUUCCUUUCCCACCAUCGAACGAGGUAUACGUAUUCAAUCGUUACGGUCAACACAUCUCCACGAAGGAUUUAACAUCUGGCAAGACUCGUUAUUCGUUCUUGUAUAGCAAAAACACAAGUUUUGGAAAAUUAUCUACCGUGACGGAUAGUGCCGGAAAUAAGAUUCAAUUCUUAAGGGAUUACAGCAGUGUGGUCAGUUCUAUAGAGAAUACACAAGAUCAUAAAUCUGAAUUAAAGAUUUCUGCAGUUGGCUUCUUGGAAAAACUCUCUGAACGAGGAAGAGCUGAAAUUGCACUUGCCUAUGAUGGUUCAACUGGAUUACUGACAAGCAGAUCAGGGGGUGGUGAAACGUACAUCUACAAUUAUGAUAACUUGGGUCGUGUUACUGAUGUCAUUCUACCUACUGGUGAAAAAUUGAAGCUAUUCUCUGAUCUAUCCGACGACGAAGGUCUAUUGGUCAAAGUGUCAGCCCCUCUUCAAGCUUUGUCAAAGGGAGACAAGCAGAGGAUCGUAGAAUUUAAAAUGAAAAAUGAGAGAUCAAAGAUGUUAACGAUUAUUGAUGGCACCAAAAUCAAGAAAGCGAUCGCUUUCACUAAUAGCAGUUUAGAGGUUCUCCUUCCCGGUGGUGGUAGAGUGCUAAGUGCAGCUACUACAAAACAUCCUCUUCUGGAGGCUGCAUUACCAGUCGAGGCUGAAAUGUUGCCAAUGUGGAGUUAUCAGUUGAUGUCUCUUGGUGAAUUAACCAACACUAUGACAACCACGUACAACCUAGUCGGCGAUGUUAGCCACUUUCAACAGACAUUAAACAGAGAGAUUUGGGUGAACGAUACACGGGUUAUUGGGGUAGAAUUCGAACAAGCUUUCAGGCGAGAAACUUUCUACGAUAGAGCGAGAAAUCCACUGCUUACUGUUACCUUCGAUCCUGCUGGCUUACCCCUGACUUGGCAACCGCAUGAACAAGGUUACAAUCUCACAAUCACGUAUGAUAGAUUCAAUCGAAUAGAAAGUUGGAAGUGGGGUCCAUCCGAUGAAUCUUAUGGAUACGAUCGCCAUGGACAAUUAUCAGAGGUCACUAGUAGUCAGGAUGGAACUAAACGAUAUACCUAUAAUGAUUUCAAUGUGUUAUCCAACAUUACUCUGGCCAGUGACAGACAUUUCACUUUACAAUAUGAUGAUGAUGGUGGACUACGUCACAUUAUCCUCCCAUCAGGAACUAAACACUCGUUCUCGUGUCAAACUUCUCUAGGUUUUCUCAGAGUGACCUACACUCCACCGGGCAGCAGCAGAGCCUACCUCCAACACUACAGUCACGACGGAAACUUGUUACAAACUGUGUUCCCUGGUGAUGGAGCUCGUAUCGUGUAUAGGUACCACACUUCAGGACAACUUGCUGAAGUCGUUCACGGUGAUGGAAAGAGUGAAAUUAGAUAUACUGAAAGCGGUUUGCCUUCGGAAGUGAUUCAUUCUGAAAAGGACGUAGAGUACAAAUGGGAUUAUCAAUAUAGCGCCGGUCUGUUGGUGGAAGAACGCAUAGAUUUCGGUGCAAAGACUGGACUUAGCAAUGCAAAGUUUACGUUCGACUAUGAUUCAAACUUCAGAUUGGUGAAUGUUCAAGGUAGAAUCGGUGGUCAAACUCUUCCAACUCACACUAUAGCAUACAGUCCCAAAACAGGUAUGCUGGAACAAAUUGGACAAUUCAAAGUAACUAGACCUCAGCCCAACGAGACCACCGUGUUCGAUGGAACUGCAUUGUUUUCGAGAAUUACGGAUGACAGAUUUUUAGAGACACAAGUGACAUUGACGAUUCAUCAAUUAGAGGUUUUCAGAAUGGAAUUUACACAUGAUACUCGUGGUCGUAUUAAUCAGACUAGGACUUAUACUCGCAACGUGGCUGUCAAUACUUAUACCAACGUGAAAAAUUACACGUGGGAUUGUGACGGCCAAUUGACUGGGGUCGAAGCUCAAGAGCCAUGGGGAUUUAAAUACGAUGCUAAUGGGAACAUGUUGUCAUUGACGUAUCGUGGAAACACUAUACCUAUGGAAUACAACAGUAUGGAUAGGAUUGUGAAAUUCGGUGAAGGAUUGUAUAAAUAUGACAACAGAGGUUUGGUGGUGCAAAAUGCUAGGGAAGAAAGAUUUAACUAUAAUGCUAAAGGACUUUUGGUUCGCGCGACCAAACGUGGACGCUUUGAUGUUCGUUAUUAUUACGAUCAUCUGGAUCGUUUGGCUACAAGAAAGGAUAAUUAUGGAAACGUCACUCAAUUCUUUUAUAACAACCAAAAACGUCCUCAUGAAGUAAGUCAAAUUUAUAGUCCAAGGGAUGGAAAAUUAAUGUCGUUAGUGUACGACGAUAGAGGACAUUUGAUUUAUGCUCAAGUUUAUCGGCACAAAUAUUAUAUAGCCACUGAUCAGUGUGGAACCCCAAUCAUGAUUUUCAGCCAGUAUGGCGAAGGUAUAAGAGAAAUUAUGAGAUCACCUUAUGGGCAUAUUGUUUACGACUCGAAUCCUUAUUUAUAUCUGCCUGUUGAUUUUUGCGGAGGAUUGCUAGAUCAGGUAACGUCAUUAGUGCAUAUGCCAAACGGUAAAGUUUAUGAUCCACUGAUAGGUCAAUGGAUGUCUCCCUUGUGGGAAAAUGUUCUUGAUAGAGUAGACACACCAACACAUCUACAUUUAUAUAGAUUCAAUGGGAAUGAUCCUAUUGAUGUUAGGCACACGGAUCGACCAAAUCAACCAACUGAUCACAUAUCAUGGAUGUCGCUUCUUGGAUACGAUUUGAAGACACUCGCACCUCAACUUUUCCCCGACGAACUGCCAGAUAGCCUCGUCCCUCCAGCUUUGGGUCCAGGCACUUCCAUAUUUGGAAAGAAGAAAAGAACCAGGAACCUCGGUGUUCAAUCGGGAUUUCUAGCCUAUAUCGCACAAAGGCAUUCCGGAGAUGCCGUCAGUUUAUCAGCACCGCCUCGUUCAGCCCUUAAAAAGGACACCAGCGACUUGAUACCCAGCCGUUUGGGUGCAGCCUCGGAUCCUCCAUUUGGAAAAGGAAUUUUAGUAUCGAGGACUGCAGAUGGCCAAGCAGUAGUGUCCAGCGUGCCAACCGCGAACGCCAUCUAUGGCGAUGUGUUCACAUCGGUAUUUAACCGUUCGUACUUUCUACCUUUCACGUUUGUGGUGCACAGUGCGCAACAGGACGCAUUUUAUUUCGUGAAGGAAGAAACGUGGCGAGCUAGUGAAGAUCGUGGUCAGUUGAAACGUUUAGGUGGCCAAGUCAAUACAACAUUUCACGAAAACGAAAACGGAAGUGGAAGUAGUUCAUUGAUAGACGUGAAGAUCCACGGCUCCAGUUAUAUUGUGAAUUUGCGUUACGGCACGACUGCCGAGAAAGAGAAACAAAGACUGCUCCAUCACGCCAAGGCGACCGCUAUUCGCAAAGCCUGGCACAGGGAACGUGAGGCGCUAAAAGCCAACACGCCAACGGCUAUCGAAUGGAUGGUGGCCGAGCAAGACGAGAUUCUGAAAUCUGGAUCCGCGUCGAAUUACGAGGGUGAAUACAUCCACGAUGCACAGUUGUAUCCAGAACUCGCGGAAGACCCGUAUAACAUCCGAUUUACAAAGAAGGCUGUGGAUCCGUCUAGCAAAAAACGGCGUAGGAGGAGAGGUGCCCCAACUUGUAAACUUUGGUGGUUGGACAAAAUCUGCUAAUCUCAUUAGGUUACCGUUCUAAACCAGGGAGUCCUCCUCUCCUGAUACAUUCUGUUCUGCCGGGAGAAUUGUCCAAUCGUUGAAGGAAUUUCCAAACGAACGACUGAACGAAUAAGAAGAGGUUGGAAAAAAAAAAAAAAAAGAAAGAAAGAAAUAAGAUUGAGCCGCAGCAAGUCGGCAGUCCUUCGUAUGGAACACUACCGAACACUAUCAAAACAAAAAAAAAAAAAAAAAAAAGUUUUAUACCAAAGUCUAUUUGUGUAUUUCGAAGAUGCCAAAAACAUUUAACGUUAUAUCGAUUAUAUUGUAUCGCGAUUUAGGGUGUAGUGUGUAAGCAUCUCGGAGAAAAUUUUUGCCUCCGCGCACGACCGUAUUGCCAUAACUCGCGACUCUUGCGGACUGAUAGUAUAUUAUCAUCGUCGGCCAUAUUAGGGAAAUUCGUUAUUAAUUCGUUAGGAAGCCUUUCUUCGUUCUUGCAACAGUUACGGAAAACGACGGAAGAGGUCGUGACCAUUUCAUUGUUUCCUUCUUCGCGAGAUAAGAAAGACUUCCUUAACGAAGACGAUCGUGGAAUCGCGAAAAUUAUGUGCGUUCACUAUCGUUAACUCGCAACGAAUCACUACGUCAUUGUGAUGAGAGAAAAAUGAAGGCAGAAAGCAGGCCAUUCGUCGUUCGAGCGAAUCGAGUGAGAGAAACUAGUCAAUAUAUAGCUUUACAUUGACAUAUAAACUUUUUCCAAUAAGAUAAGCAUACGAAGCGCGAUCGUCGAUUUAUCAUGCGAAGAAAUAAACUUUGUGUAUCCAUUCUAUCUGUCUACACACGCGAUACCUUAGUUGUACUUAGGUAAUGAAAAAAAAAAAAAAUAAAAUAAAAUAAAAAAAAUUAAUGAAAAAGACGAUUCUGUCGAGAUAAGAUACAUACGAUGAACAUAACCUAUGUACGGAUCGCAAAAUAAAAGUGGAAGGAACAUGCGCACGUGUAUCUCGACAAUGAAUGGCCCUGUAAAUGCUGAGGAAAAUCAAGUAAAAGAAGUCCGUCGCUAUGCAUAACGAUUGAUCAGCGUCCAAAGUGUCGAUGAAACAUUGCAAGAACGCGAGAUAAUGGCGAAGUAAGUGGUUCGAUCGAGACAGGUGAUUAACGUAGCACGUUUCGAAUCGAUAUUCCGAAUUUAGAUGGUCGAUGGGGCAAAAAAAAAGAAAAAGGAGAAAAUGGCGGUGUGUUUAAGGUGUAUUAUAAAAGUGGUGCUUUUCCAUGCAAAGAAAGAAAUUAUCGGUGCAACAAUUCGACAAUGAGCGUGACUAAUUAAAAGAAUGUCGAUGUACACGACACACAAUUCACACACACGUACACUGCAUAGCGUGGCUAAGGUAUUUUUAACGAUGGAUGUAUCCUACCCACUUCCCCUACUUAGCGCUAGCGACCAUUUCCUCGAGAAUUGAUGUCGCGUCGCGUAUGAUUUGUUGUUCAAAAGGGAGGGAGAGAGAGAGAGAGAGAGAGAGAGAGAGAGAGAGAGAGAGAGAGAGAGAGA